AUGGAGUUUCUAGAGAUGCAGAGCAUACAUCUACCAGGUCUUAGCCCGUUAGCAGUUAAUGCUGCGAGCAGCAUAUUCGGUUUGAUAUCGAUUUUCUUUUUCUACAAAGCCUUGGUCGCGAAGAAAUUGGCUUCUUCUCCAGUAAGGAUCCUGAAGAUCAUCUUCAAGCCUGUCACCAAGCGAUACCAAGCAUGGGCAUAUCUCUUCUGGGGCCCUGAGAUCAUCCAGAAGGCGUUCGACGAGGCAAAAGGAAAGCCAUUCGAGCUCUUCGCCCCUGACAACCGCUAUGUCUUCGUCUCUGACCCUCAGCAAAUCAAGGAGCUAGACAAUGCGCCAGAUACGGUGCUGUCCCUUCAAGCAGCGUCAAAGCAGAUGCUACAGCCCCUCUACACCAUGCACGGCUUCAACUGGUUUGAUCGACGUGGUACUGAGGGUGUUGGGUUCAUCCGCGCCCUUCGCACGCUUUUGACCAACAACCUACCUAAGAUCCUUCCUGACCUUACUUGUAUCAUCCGCACUAGGUUCCAGGAACUACAUGCCGGACAUCCAGUAAUCAAUGGAAAGAAGCAUUCAGAUGUAUAUCAUAUGACGGUUAAGUUGGUGGUUCUCUCCAAUGCUGUAUCUUUCUUCGGAAAGGAUCUAGCAAAGGAUGAGCAGUUCAUGGUCUCCGCUCUCGCAUACAUUGAGGAGACCCUGAUCUGCGCUGAGAUCGUUCGCCUGCUACCUGGAUUCAUGACUCCUAUCGUCGGUGGCAUCAUCGCCCGUACACUCAAGUCUCAUGCCGUCAUCUUCAACAGGCUUCUGCCCAUCGCCCAAGAAAGAUGCAUCGAGCGAGAUGCGGCUAAGCUAGGCCAAAAAGUCCCUCAACACGCCGACUGCAUCCAAUGGAUCAUGGAGACGUCGCCCAAGAACGCACCAUGGACACCUCAACGCGUCGUCCACGAACUAAUGGCCAUUUGGUUCGGCUCUGUUCAUGCCGUCUCCACAACCGUGACUUUUGCUAUUCACGACCUUUGCUUGCAUCCUGAGUACGCGGAGCCUCUGCGCAAGGAGUGCGAGUCCCAAUACGCUGCUUUUGAGCAAAGCGGUGUGGGACUUCCGCUUCUCGACAGCUUCAUCAAGGAGUCUGCGCGUUUGACGCCAGUCGAGUCACAGAGUACACGUCGUUCAGCGCUACAACCUUUCUCACUCAAAGACGGCACCCACGUCAACGUUGGAGAUUGGUUCUGCACACCCGUCCGAGCCAUCAUGACAAAUCCUGUCGACUACCCCGAAGCAACGACAUUCAGCGGUUUCCGCUUCGCCGACCCGCAGCUGGUCAAGAGUCUCGAGAACGCCGACGGUGCUUUUGAUAUUAUGCAGAAGAAGCCAACAAAGCUGACUGACUUUGACAUGACGUUCCAUGUCUGGGGAACCGGAAGAAUGGCCUGCCCUGGAAGGUAUUAUGCCUCAGCUGUUAUGAAGGUCAUCCUGGGUCAGGUUAUUCUUAACUAUGACUGUGAGCUCGUCGACCCGACGGCGAAGCGCUUGUUCACAUGGCGAUCGACUAUCUUGCCCAAGCCUAGUGCGAAGGUCGUCUUCACUCCGAUAGGUGACGCGAACUAG